AUAUAAAACUGAUUUAGCUUUAAAUGAAAAAUAUUAUCUUAACUUCCAGAAGCAAUGUAGAGGCAGCAGCAAUCAAAACCCACAUGAAGUUCAGGGUAAAUAGUCUCGUGGUUCCCUGUCUAUUAUUAGUCCUCCAGCAAAUUUAUUUAAAGGUUUUACAGGUGUUCCCUGUGCAUAUAUACUACAAGCAUACUGUUGAAUGUAGUGCUAACAUCCUCUCAGUAAGCAGAGAUGGGAAUCUUGCAAAAAGAGGCAGAGAAAAAUUUACAUGGUUUUAAAAUCUCUUCUUGAAAUAACACUCAUUUUUUAUUUUUUAACCCAUUGCACAUCACAAAAAUUGCUGUGUUUAUAUUUAGGAUGGAAUGAAGUUAAAUAAAUUUGAAGCAAUCUCCUAGCAUGAGAAUCCUUUCUUUUCCUAAAGGAUUCUCAAAAAUUUUAAUUGUAAGAGAUUAGUGUCAUCUGGGUAAUGUGCUCAGGUGGGGGUUGGGGAGUGAAGUCCCUCCCACUGUAAGUGAAGAGCAAGUUUGAGACCACUUGUGGAAACUGCAUAGACACAAGUUUGUAGGGCCUGAUGAGAUGUAUCUCGGGUCGUGAGGGAACUGACUGAUGUGUUUGUCAAGCCACUCUCCAUGAUACUUGAAAAGUCAUGGCAGUCAGGCAAACUCCCCCGUGACUGGAAAAAGGGAAACAUUUUUCCUAUUUUUAAAAAGAGGAUAAAGGAAAGCCCAGGGAACCAAACACUUGUUAGUCUCCCUUCUGUACCUGGGAAGAUUGUGGAGCAGAUCCUCCUGGAAGCAGUGUGGAGGCAUGCAAAACAAGGAGGUUAUGCAAGACAGGCCAGCAUGGCUUCACUAAAGAGCAAAUCCUGCCUGCCCUGCCUGGUGUCCUUCUGUGAUGGAGUGACUGAAGCGACUGACAAGGGAAGACUGACUGAUGUCAGCUACCUAGAAUUCUGUAAUGCUUUUGUGGUGGGCCCAUAUGAAGAACAUGGCAGUUCUCCUGGAUGAAAGGCUGGACAUGAGCUGUCAGUAUUUGCUCACAGCCGAGAAAACCAACCACAUCCUGGGCUUUAUCCAGAGCAGGAUGGUCAGCAGGGGAAGGGAGAGGAUUCUCCUCUGCUGCCCUUGUGAGACCCCACCUGGAAUAAUGUGUCCAGGUCUGGGAUCCUCACUAUAAGAAAGACAUGGAGCUGCUGGAGUGGGUCCACAGAAGGCCACAAGAUGCUCAGAGGGCUGGAGCAACUCUUCUAUGAAGAAAGGCUGAGAGGGCUGGUGUUGUUCAGCCUGGAGAAGAGAAGCCUCCAGAGGGAUCUUAUUGCUGCCUUCUGGUAUAUAAAAGGGAGUUAAAAAAAGAUGCAUGGCUGAAAGUAUAUCUCAGUGGGAUUACUUUCUUGAUGAGGAUUCUUCAACUUCUAACAUAUAUUAGAAUGAAUUAUUAAAUCUGGAUACCAAUGGUAAAGACACCAUCAUAAAACUUCUGCUCAGGCAGAGAUGAAGAAUCUGUUCCUUCUGCUCAUGCUAACAAUGACACCACCUUCUGCAUUUUCAGGCCACCGGAUGAAAAGGCAGGUUGAUGUCUGGGGGAGCUGGGGUGAAUGGAGCAAAUGCAGUCGGAGCUGUGGCGGUGGAGUCAGUUUUCGGCAACGACGCUGCUAUUCCCAAAGGACAGAAGGUCCUUCCAGUUGUGUUGGGCCAACACGAAGCUAUCGGUCAUGUAAUAUUCAGAACUGCCCGGAAGGCUCCCGGGAUUUCCGGGCAGAACAGUGUGCAGAGUUUGAUGGGACAGAAUUCCAAGGCAAGAAAUAUAAGUGGCUUCCAUAUUAUGGAGCACCUAAUAAGUGUGAGUUAAACUGUAUUCCCAAGGGAGAAAACUUCUACUACAGGCACAAGGAAGCAGUGGUAGAUGGGACUACCUGUGAACCUGGCAAACGAGAUAUCUGUGUAGAGGGAGUUUGUCAGGCUGUUGGCUGUGAUAAUAUGCUGGAAUCUGCCAAGAAGGAGGACAAGUGUCUGCAGUGUGGAGGAGAUGGCAGCACCUGCUAUGGUGUGAAGGGCACUUUUGAUGUGGCCAGCCUCCCCAAAGGUUACAAUCAAAUCUUUAUUAUCCCUGUGGGAGCCACAAACAUCCAAAUUAAGGAGGUUAAGCCCAGCAGGAACUUCCUAGCUGUCAAGAACGUGCGAGGGGAGUAUUACCUGAAUGGGCACUGGACGAUUGACUUCAGCCGGGCGCUGCAGGUGGCCAGCACGGUGCUGCACUAUGACCGUGGCUCGGAGGGUGAUGUGGCCCCAGAGCUCCUCCAUGCCCGGGGUCCCACCACAGAACCCCUCGUCAUUGAGCUCAUCAGCCAGGAGCCAAACACCGGGGUGCAAUAUGAGUAUUACCUGCCCCUGCAAGGACAGGCCUUGGGUUACAGCUGGAGCUACGGUUCCUGGAGUGAGUGCAGCUCUGAAUGUGGCGGAGGUUUCCAAUCCCGCUUGGUGUUUUGUACCAUAGACAAUGAAAUUUAUCCAGACUAUAUGUGCAGGAAUAAACCACAACCAGACAACAACCGGACGUGUGGUCAUCAGCCUUGUCCCCAGACAAAACGCUGGAAAACAGGAGAGUGGGGAUCCUGCUCAGCCACCUGUGGCGGGGGCACCCAGACCCGCUCGGUGUACUGCGUGGCGUUUGACGGCCAGAGCCUGCAGGGGGUGGUGGAUGAUGCCGAGUGCAUGGCCUUCGCCCAGCAGCCGCGCCGCAGCCAGCCCUGCAACGUCCGGCAGUGUGCCAGCUGGAGCACAGGGCCCUGGUCCCAGUGCUCAGCCAGCUGUGGGGAAGGAGUGCAGACCCGGACUGUCACCUGCAGGACGCAGCAGGGCUCUCAGGCUCAGGACUUCGCUUGUCUAAUGGAGCCAAAGCCAUCAGCCACCCAGCCCUGCCUUAAGGAGAACUGCAUCCAGGAAAUCGGCUGGCACGUUGGAGACUGGGGUCUGUGUUCCAAGAGUUGCGACUCAGGCAUCCGGACACGCCAGGUCAUCUGUGCUGACGGCGACUCCAAAUUCUACAGUCCUGAGACAUGCAAAGCCAUCCAGCCACAGAAACCAGCCACCCUGGGUAGCUGCAACACACAGCCCUGCUACCUGCCACAGCAGGUCCCCAGUAUGCAGGACACUAUGGGAUACAACAUCACUCGCCAGUCCUUGCUGACACGGUACAACCCAAACAGCCCUGCUCCAGUUCUCUCCCCAGAUUCUGAUGAUGGAAGGAUGCUCCCUGGGAACACCAUGAUCCAUAGUGCCUCAGGGAAUCAGCACAUUCCAUCUACCAAAGACCACAGCAUCAACUUGUUUGCUGUCCACUGGGAGUCCCAGUCCCGCUCCCCAGGUUCCCAUCGGCUCAGCUUCUCUCAGGAUCACCCUGCAGGGACUGGCUCCCAGGACUGCCACCAGAGCCCACAUGGCUGCUGUCCAGAUGGGCGCACUGCAGCGUCGGGCCCUCAGGGGAGAGGCUGCCCUUUCAGCACCUGCCACCAAAACAGGUAUGGCUGCUGCCCCGAUGGAGUAUCAGCUGCCCAGGGUCCAAACAACAUUGGAUGCCCACAAUAUUCGAACAUUCGAACAAGACAAAAUCAUCCCACUGUGACCACUCCAGCAGCAAGCCAAGCCUUGUCCCAGCAGCACCCUUCGGGCGAGUGCCGCGGUUCCAUGUACGGCUGCUGUUUUGACAAUGUUGCCUCAGCCAAAGGUCCUCGAGGGGAAGGAUGUCUCAAUAGGCCCAACUACCCGUACCCUGUCAUGUGCCUGCUGCCCAGUGCCCACGGCCCCUGUGCCAACUGGACCACUCGCUGGUACUUUGUGGGAGUUGUUGGCAGAUGCAACCGGUUUUGGUAUGGUGGCUGUCAUGGCAAUAAAAACAGCUUUGCCUCGGAGGAGGAGUGCAUGAGAGUGUGCCACAGCUCUGUGGGAGUCAGUCAGCUGGAGCUCCAGCCCUCUCCUGGCACAGAAGCCCUGCAACACCAGCAGACUGGCUCCAGUUCUUACACAGGACGUGCUCAGGAUCAGCAGCAAUCACCCACAAGAGAGACUGCAAGUCACAUCCAAGAAGGAAGAACCUAUGGGGCUUCACUCCCCAAGCAAGACAGCCACAGCUGGAGGAGGGAUGUGCUGCCAGAGACCUUGCCAAGGACUGAUGUGCUGGAGAGCCAGCGCUGGGACACCCAGCGAAGCAGACUGGACAGCCUGGGCCACCUGCAUUCCUGGGAAACAGCCAUGCCUGGGCCCUCAGACAGGCAGAGCAGCAGUGGCCAGCAGGUGCUGCCCUGGGAAGGCAAGCAGUGGCGUGAAGCUUUUGGAGCAGAUGUUUCUGUGACAGAAGGAUUUGGGCACCAGGAGUCUGCAGAUUUGUUCCCAGCACAAGCUCUGCAGAGAACAAUCCUGGAGGAAUCCAAGCCCUCUCUUGUGACAGCAGCUGUGGGACAAAACAUCCAGCUGGUCUGCAAGACAGGUGUGUCCCCAUUCUCCAGAGUGGAGUGGAUGAAGAACAGCCAACCAAUCUUCUCUGACAGGCACACCUACCAGUCCGACAGCUCCCUGGUGAUCAGCCACGUCCAGCCCGAGGACGCUGGCACCUACACCUGCCUCACUUCUGAUGGGAAGAUGGAGAGCCGACAGAUUCAGCUGCAGAUCACAGAGUACCAGAGCAGUGUUCUGGCUGAGGGUGAGAGAGGUCGAGUCCUUCAGGAGGCAAACCAGCAGCGCCGAGGGUUAUCCAGAGGCAGGCAGCUUGUGCAGGCAGCCGGCUCCUCUGUGCGUCAGCAGCUCACAUACAGGUUGAAAAUGGAUAAGAGUGAGCCCACAGUAGUGGAGGCCAAUGUUGGAGAGAGAGUCAGACUGCCCUGCACAGUGGAAGCAUCACCAGCUCUCACCAUUGAGUGGCGGAAAGACGGGCAGCCCCUCUCCUCUCCCAGGCACAGGCAGCAGUCGGAUGGGGCCCUGGUGAUCAGCCGGGUCAGCUCUGAAGACAUUGGCUUCUUCACCUGCAUGGCCUCCAAUGGACGAGACCGCGACCAGCGCCAGGUCCUGCUCCGACCGCUAGGAGAACUGAGGAUCACUGGUCUUCUGCCAAGCAUCACGGUACCUGAGGGAGGGACUGCUCAGCUUCACUGUACAGUGAUUGGCAACAAUGUGAAUAUAAGGUGGUCAAGGAACGGAGUUCCCAUGCGGGGGGAUGGCCACCACAUCCACUUGUCUCAGGAUGGAAGCCUGACUAUAAGCAAUGUCCAAGAGGCUGACGAGGGAUCCUACACAUGCAGCGCCUACAGCAGCAGCAGCUCGGUCAGCGCCAGCUCAGAGGUGAAGGUGCUGAGGAGCCGGCCUAGCACUACUGUGAGUCACAUUGUGGACCUGAGCAGAGAGUGUGUGGACCAGCCCCACCUUGCCAACUGUGACCUGAUCCUGCAGGCCCAGCUCUGUGGUAACGAGUACUAUUCCAGCUUCUGCUGCGCCAGCUGUGCUCGCCACCGCUCCCAGGGCAGCCCCCCGCACCCCCGCGGGUGAGUGACAGCCACCGCCACGGACACAGUGACCAAUGACAAGACUGGAGGUCUCAACCUUGUUCUUUUACUGCAUGGACAGUUCUAGGAACUCUGCCCUACUGGAAAGCCCAGGAGGGUGAAUUGAAGAGUGUGUAGUGAGUGUAAAUGCUCAAAGGUGGGAGACCCACCACCCUCAGGUUUAUUGUAAACUCCUUUUCCCCUGUAUGCCUUGCUGUACCUAAUCCAUCUCUUAAGAGUAGUUGCUGUCAUUCUGUCAUUCACAGAAACCAGAUGAUAGUAGGCAUGUGAGGAUGAUGUGUCUAGAGAAGGCAGAUGACCAGCAUGAAAGAGGGAGAGACCAAUUCUUCAUACAAGCACUAGAGAAGUGCUCUUAAAAACAUCUCUGAAGUGUUUGAAGAUGGGCCUGAAUCAUUUCAACUCAAGCAUUAAUGAGCCAUGAACAUUUGUUCCUCCAAUGAGCAUUGCUGAACAAGUACUCCUGGGGAGCACUUUCCAUCUAAAUGCAAAGAACUCUGGCCAUGAGAAACAGCUUGAUGCAUAUAAAAUUAGCAUUCAGGUCCUAGGAGAUUACUGGCUCUCGGGAUGCAAUUGUAAUGUCAUGAUACUGUAGCUGUUUUAUCCAGCAGACCUUAGACAAAUUUCUAGUAGGGUCAGUUUGGUUUCUACUUGACUGCAAUCAGCUUUGGAGUGAAAUGCAAAAGCAAGGCAGUAAGGCUUCACAUAAAGUUAAGACAAAAUAGAAAACUACUUUUAGCCCUUCCUGAGCACUGGGGUAAUUUAGAUGAAUAUACCAAUACUCUUACCUGUUCUGAGAUGUUGCAGUUUAAAUAGUACUCAUUCUAGGAAGGCUCAGCAGGUAAUUUUCUCUCCUGAGCCAGAACUGUGCUGUUCUGAUGUGCUGAGUUUGGGCAGGGGCUAAUAAUAAACACACAGAAAUAUGUGUGUAGGGGCAUUUCACUUGCCAGAACAAACCUGCCAAGGAUCUGCUCUAGUCUCAGUUAAAGCCAGAGAAGUCUGGCUCUGCAUGUGUCCUGGGCUGAUGCCUGCUACUACAGGCUAAUAAGCUAGGACUUCCAGAUGCAGAGCAGCUGUAGUUAAAAAGCAUCCUUAAUUUCAAGACCAAAAUGGAGUAGCAACAAGUGUGCAUCUGGGGCUCUGAAAAUCUCAGCCAUUAGGGUUGGGGAGGUGAGAUUGUAUUAUGAUUAUAUCAUGUUAAACCAGGAAAGGCCUUGGGUAUCUUCAGUAUCUCAAAAUUGAAUUACUUUUGAGCAAAAGGAUUUUUUUACAGCCUCCACACUACUGUUCUACCCUAGCAUCAGCCUUGACAGUCCCCUUCUUCCUCAUUCUAGACUUGGAUGGGUGGAUCAUCAUUAUUAGCAACAUUACCCAUGUAUUAUUUGAAUAGAUGUAGGUAUAAACUGGUGUGUAGAUGUUGAUAUUUUGGUUGGGGGACUGGAGGAUUGGGAUUUUUUUUAUUUUUGUCUUCUACUUGUGUUACUUUAAGGUUUUUAAGAAAUGCAGCUAAAUCAGCACUGUGCACAUAUCACUCUCCUCUCCUUCACUCCUGACUCAGGACUCAUCGGGGCAGCAGCAAAACUCAAGUGUAAAGUGCCAGGGUUGACAGCCUAGAACUGGUUUGUACUCUAAACCCAGUAAAUCAGUUCACAUGGACCUAAAGAUAAGAAUCACUGACCUAAUGACUGCACUCUCAUCAGCACAGGUAUGGUUCAGGACUGGACACACUGCUCUAGGAUGUGAACAAACAGCAAAGUCUACAAGCAAUCCAGUACAAGAGAGACAGGUGACAGUCACAGCUAUUUGGGGUUGGGUCCUUCUGUGGUCUGAUAAAUUCUGUUUGCUAGGAAAGACAAAAAUACUUAUUUUGCAUUUAAGACCCUUUAAUUUGAUUGGGGGAAAUUUCCUCUGCUGGACUGCAGGGCAGGCAUUACAGUAUAAGGUUUGAAAUAACUGAUAUUUAAGAACAAUGAGAUGGUUCUGUAAAUAUCCAGUUGUGUUUGUACAUGUUUUUCCAUUUAACACCUCAGGCCAGCACCUUUUUCUUUGUGUGUCUGUAUAGGCUAUACCAUUUUAGUAUGUGAUAUGAUUUUUGCCUUUGGAGACCAGGGACUAAUCAGAGACUCUGUAAAUUCCAGUCAUUUUGAAGCCCUCACUGUUCCGCAUGUGGCAUCAAGGGGUAGUCAGGCUCUGCUCAGAAGCAUGGUUGGAAGUGGAUUGUGGAUGUGUCAGACCCUUUUGCCCCAGAGUAAGUUACCAGUUCUAUAAAAUCCCUUUCUAAGAUGUCAGAGGGUCUAUUUUUAGAAUAUUUAAAUAUUCUGUGUAGUCGGCUGUCAUUUAAACUCUGUGGUUAUGUAAGAUGAGGCCAGGAGGUGCUUUCUCCAGACUCCUGAGGGCUGUAACAGACCCCUACCCGAUGAUGGUCAGGGCUUUAACACUGGAAGUGCUUUGGCUAGUGGAGCGUUUACGCUGACCUCCUUUCAGCUGCACAACCAUGGCAGUAAGGGUGGGAUUGACAGGCAUGCAGCUCGCUGCUGUAAAUCCAUGCCACCAAGUUAACUAAAGGAUCUUUGCAUUUCUUCUGACAAGAUCAGCUUCUCCCUCUCUGUAGUACCACUUAAUCACCUACUCAAGGUUUACUUUUUUUAUGUGAGAAGCAAGAUGUUCAUUUUCUUCCCCAAACAAUGGGUCAUAGGAAGUGCUUAUCUCCAGGGCAGGAGAAGGGUGUAGCUACACUGGGCUAUUUUCAGCUUGGUCUUGGGGCCCUUACUGUGAAAGAUACAUAACUAACUGCUUUCUUUCCUGCUAUAAAUGUCUGUAAAUACUUGUUUGCGUUCUGAAAGCUGAAAAAAGCAUUGACACCAACUCAAAUCCUACAGGGAGUGUUUGCAUUACUAUUCAUACCAUACUGAACACAGGUAAGAUUAUCUGUAAUGUCACAAGUUUUAGUUUUCUAGACUGUAAGACUCACUGUACUUGCCUGGAAAUAGAAACUGCUGGCAAGUUCAAAUCUGAGGGCUAACAAAGGGCGUGUUUAUUCCCCUUCAGCUUAUGGAGUCGUAUUUUCUUCCUUGUGUCCAAACUGAUGUGGCGUCCAUAAGAAUGUGGUAAAUCACAAUUAACAGGUUAGAUAUCAACUCACUGGAAGAAGGGAAAAGAGGUGAAUGUGCAUCAUCAUCUCAUAUGGCUCUUUUUAAUAAUAGGGGAAAGAAAGAGUUUUCCUUUUUGCCAUUACUGAAUGUUACUGAAUUGUCUCUUUGUAAGUAUUCAGUGAUAGAAAAUACAGCCCUGUAAAGCCAGAAUCUGAUGUUUUCAGUAAAGGCCUCUAUUUUAGA